GCUGCAUCUCGCUAUUAUUGUCCGUAUAAAGAGGGAAAACAUGUCGACGCAAAUGUUCAGUCUAGAAAAAGAAUUGGCCCCAUCUCAACGUCAUGGGACACACGAGAGAAGCAGCGAUCGCUUUAGCGUUUUUCGUUGUGACCUUCACCACUGCCGAAAUACGUCCAAGGGUACAAAAAGUCGAAUACAUCUACGAUCGAGACACCAAUCGGAAAGUUGGAUUUGUUGUCACACGAGUGCGUCCUGUAGAAUCAAAAUCUCGAAAUGAAAUUGAGCAGAGAAGUGAUUUAAACUUUGAAAAAGCAUCAGUGGAACCUAAUCCAAGUGCGAGUAACACAGAAGUAAAAAGAACUACUUACGACCAAGAUAACAACGAUUACUACCAAGGAAAUUAUCCAGAAGACCAACAAGCCGUUGCAGACAACAAUCAAGAAGUGAUAAGCCAUCAUCUUCGUGAGGAUGUUGUCAAGACUUUAACGAUAGUGAAACAAAUCCCAGUCCCUGUUCCCAUAGAGAAAACUGUCCAUUACCCUGUUAUCAAAAAUAUACCCUACAUGGUAAAAGUACCUGUCCCGGAACCCUAUCCUUUGGAAAGGAAAAUUCCGUAUCCUGUGAACGUCUAUGUAAAAACCCCAGUAAAAAUUCCGGAACCGGUAGCAGUUUACAAAGAAGUUCCUUAUGCGGUACCGGUUGCUGUGGAUCGACCGGUACCUGUCAAGGUUUACAUUCCUUACCCAAUCCCGGUUGAGAAGAAAGUGCAUUACGAGGUUAAGGUGCCAGUGCCUCAACCCUACCCUGUCGAACGUAAGAUACCGAUUCCGGUCAAGGUCACAGAACACGUAAUUCAACCGUAUCCUCAGGAGAAGGUUGUGCCUUACCCAGUAAAAAUUGAAGUUCAAAGACCAGUUCCAGUGCCAGUUUUAAAACCAUAUCCGGUCCCAGUUCCGGUUUCUGGCUACGAUCAUGGGUCAAGUGAUAGUCGGUAUCAUGCUUCACAAGGUUAUGCAAAUUUAUAUGAAUAUAGUGAUAAUAAUGGGUGAUAGGAGUAUUUCCUAAAUUAGGUCUUAACCAAAUACUAAUUUAAUUUUUGCCUAAAAUUAAAUCUGCUAAUUCAGCGCCCAGUAAUUUGAAGAAAAAAAAUCUACGAGUCCAACUUCACGAUCCUAGCAACCGACAGUCGUGUUUUUUCAAAGAUCUCACUAAAAACAAAUUGAGCAUUCACGUAGUAAAAUACAAAAUGAUUUUUGUGAAUUUAUUGAUAACUAAUUUAAAAAACCGAUAAGAAAAUUGGUGCAGACAAUUAUUUAUACUAUUUUAAUCAUUGAGGACCGUUACUUUUGUCGAAAGAGUAUCCAUUGAAUGUGCAGUGACAUUCAAUUAAUGAAAAUCGCUUAUAAGGGUAGUAGAUCAAAUCAUAAAUGAAAUUGGUCAAUCCGAUCAAAUACAAAAUUAUAUUAGUGAGAUUUUUACUGUAUCGCAAAUCAAUAGAUUUAAAUUCAAAAACGUCGUCAGUCAAAUCUAUCUGCAAUUUUUGUUACAGAUGUAGUAAAUACUAGUAUUUACGAUAGUAUUUGUGUAUGUUUUACACGAAAAGUAUAUAAUCCAGACAUUAUAUAUAUAUAUAUAUAAUACUUGGCUAUUGCAGGAAAAUUAUGCAAUUGAAUACUUACAUAUAUCGCCUAGGCAUUCUAUAUCAUUCCUAGGCAUUCUAUAACAUUCCUAGGCAUUCUAUAUAAUUCCUAGGCAUUCUAUAUAAUUCCUAGGCAUUCUAUAUAAUCCCUAGGCAUUUUAUAUAAUCCGUAGGUAUUCUAUACAAUUCUUAGGCAUUUUAUAUAAUCCCUAGGUAUUAUAUAUAAUGCCCGACACGAAAUAGAUAAGGUAGAUAAUCUUGACCUUGAAUCUAAUGAUGUAUUUGAAUAAAGGCCUUGUAAAUUGGUGAACACUUAUAGAAUUCAAAAAAGAUUUACUUGCUGCUUAUACAAACAUAGCAUACUUGAAUAACACACUGAUUAACACUAGACUUUAUUUUUGCGCGUGAAUAGAUAUUGUUCAAGACUUUGUUUUGCAAGAAAAUUUUUAAAAAACCUUGAAAUUAAACUUAAAAGAACUUAUUUUUUAAAUAUCACCCCUAUAGGUCUUUUUGCAAGGUGCUCAAUGAAACCUUUUUGGUAAGCAAUUUAUUUUUUCCAGUUUUUGCUGAUCAUUAUAAUUAUUAGUCAGUAUUUCAUUUAUAAAUGGUUUAUAAUUCUACUUUCUAUUAAUAAUGAUAUUUUUGCAUAAAUUACGAAUUUUCCAAAUAAUAAUCAAAUUUUCAGAUAGAGAAAGU